AUGGCGGCUCCGGGUGAAGGUCGCAUGGGCAUUGCAACUGCAGCGAGUGUUAUCGGCGACAUGGUGCGCAGCUUCUCAAAUUUGCGCUUCAUCUUGCUCGUUGGUAUCGCGGGUGGAGUUCCGACUGUGAGAGACGUCCGGCUAGGUGAUGUUGUGGUCGGCGUCCCCGCGUACUCGGAGGGCGGUGUCAGUCAAUAUGAUUUUGACGUAUCGGCGCAAGACGCCGAGUUCAAACAGAAAGGUCAUCUGAAUGCACCGCAUGAAAAAAUACUCGCAGCUGUGAGGCGCCUCAAAGCAACGCAUAUCACGACCGGGAACGGUCUCGAGGAUCGCAUUGCCACGGCCAUUGCAGGAUUUCGGCGAGGCAAGAUCUUCUCUCGCCCGACUACUGACAUGCUGUACAAGGCGAGCUACACGCAUCCUCGAGGACAUGGAGCAGAUCUCGUCUUGUUAGUUGGCUGGAAAGACGGAGAGGCUGAGCUUAAGUUGAAGGUACGAAGGGCAAUUUGUAAAGGAAAGAACGAUAGGCAACCAGAGCAUAUCAUGCCCGAAAGGAUAUCCUCAAACUCCGGCCCGCCGCCUCUGUAUUCACAACCAAUGCUCUUUUGGCUGGCAAACAUGAUCUCUUCUAAAGUCAUAAAAGGGAAUCCUUCAUUGCAAGAAAUCUUGCAAAUUGUGCCUCAAGAGGGCCGAAACCACCGAAUCCUAUCAUUCGCGGAUGAUCUGAAAGACCAUCCAGUCUUUCCCAUGUGGACGAAGACUGGUUCUGAGCACAAUGCGAGAAGCUCAAGUAGCGUAUCACAGCAUAUUUCAGAUUGGGCAAAGCGCGCAGGAUUCGUAAAUGGUAUUGGCGGCCUUCAUAGCGCACGAAGGGAAGCCCUUGUCAAAGCCAACGGGGAUAAUGGUCAAUCGGUCGAGCAGCUCCAACUGUUUGCGGACCAUAGAAACUCAUCAGUUCUUCAAAGGCACUAUUUGGGUGCAAUGAACACAGUGGAUGGCGUGGCAAGCUACUUGGGGAUGGAUAUCAGGCGUGAUCUUACUGAAGACUUCCGAUCGGCAACGAUGAAAUGGGACAGCGACCUGGCUUUGCAACUUCCGGCACGGGAAGUCGACCAGCUGAAACAAGACGAGGAAUAUAUUCGACUGAAAGAAUAUAUCUCUACACUUAACACUCUCAUCGACGGCGGCCUUUUCAAAAAAGAGGAACACGAGCAACAUAUAGCCGCUCGCAAAAAGGCGUACGAAGAUUGUCGAAGGCAUUUCAGCGCUGGAAGAUCGUAUUGCUCUUCGCACAGGGGACUGGCAGGUCGCAUACCAAUCUCAGCUAAGGCCUAA